AUGCGCUUUUGUUGGGAUCAACUUUUACAAGCAAUCAAGACCCUUGCCAGUAACAUCCCAGAAUACCUAAAAGCCUUCCUGUCUGUAUUCAAUAAAAGCACUGCAGAACAAUUACUGGAAUGGAAACCCUGGGACCAUGCAAUCGACUUAGAAGCCAACUUCAAACCUCAACGAGGAAAGGUUUACCCGUUAUCACCAGCAAAGCUCAUGGAGUUGGACAUCUUCAUCGAGGAAAACUUGCGGAAAGGUUAUAUCCAUCCAUCAAAGUCUCCUAUGGCAUCCCCAUUCUUCUUUGUCAACAAGAAAUCAGGAGAUCUACGACCAUGUCAGGAUUACAGAAAACUCAAUGAUGCCACCAUCAAGAAUGCCUACCCUAUCCCAAGAGUAGAAGAUCUAUUGGAUCAUAUCACCUCUGCCAAGCCAACAAUGUUCACCAAGCUUGAUUUGCAUGCAGGAUACAACAAUGUGCGCAUCAAAGAAGGUGACAAAUGGAAAGGAGCAUUCAUUACUCUACAAGGGUUAUUCGAACCAACAGUCAUGUUCUUUGGAAUGACAAACUCUCCAGCAACAUUUCAAGCUAUGAUGGAUGGCAUCUUUGCAGAUCUACUACUAGAAGGAUGGCUAGUAAUCUACAUCGAUGACAUUCUCAUCUAUUCUGCCGACCACGCAGAACAUCAACAAUGCACUCAAUUAGUCCUCCAGCGUCUGAAAGAAUCAGACCUAUUUCUCAAACCUGAGAAGUGCUUCUUUGACAUAUCCGAAGUAGAAUUCCUAGGGUUCAUUCUCCGACCAGGUCAAAUAGGAAUGGCAGAAGACAAGGUAUCAGCAGUACUGAAUUGGCCAAAGAUUGACAGCAUCAAAGCCCUACAACGGUUCUUAGGCUUUGCCAAUUUCUACCACUAA